AUGAUCUGCAAAACAGGAAAACAACCCGGCCAGAGUCAGGGGCGGCCAGCAGAUGGCCCUGUGGAGCGCCGCCUGACCCCCGAGCAAGCUGUGUGCCCCAAGGACCUGCCCCGAGAUCACACGCCUCUCUGCCACUCACUCUGGAGACCAGAAACCUUGAGGUGCCGUCUUCACUUGGCUCCUCUCUCACGCAGCCUCGACGGAGAAGGUGGGUCCCCGGCGCGGGGGCCCCAGGAGACAGAGGGCUCUGUACGGGAGGUUCCGUAUAGCACCUAAGGAAGCCGUGCGCCUGGCUCUUCCGUUCCAGCUCUUCCCUACAUCUUCUUUCACGCCGCAGCGGAAACCAGAAUGCCUACUAAUUCCUUCAGAACCAAAGGCUCAAGCAGUGCUACCUAUGUGUUUGCUUCUUACGUCCCCCGAACGUCGCUACAAUUCCACACGACAGCCCUUAUCUGAGAAUUCUUUCAACUUUGCCAAAUGUCCUCUACCAUAGAAACACCUCAAUUAAAACAAGAGUUUCCAAACUGUCACCUUACCGCAAUAUUUUUUCAAAAAACUCUGUCAUGGAACUUUUUUUUU